AUGAUUUACAUGAUGAGCGCUCAACCAAGCAACAUUGAAAAUAUCUCAUUACAUCCAAUCAUAGAUUUACAAAUCAUCACUACAAAUUCUCCAAUUCAUCAUCAACAAAAUAGUCAUUAUGACUUGCAAGAAUAUAAUGAAUUAUUUCAAAAGUUCAAACUUCAUAUGAGAUCACCUACUCGGAAAGCCUUUUCUUUGAAAUUUGAACUGGUCCAUGAGCUUGUAGAUUUUACUGAUGAUGAAAGACCAGUCGAUGUACGAGUUUCAACAAGUGUAAAUUGUAUUAUUAUCAUUACCAUGAUGAACAGAAUUAGAUUUGUGGAUUUGGUAACUAAAAAAUUUAUUGGUAGAUUUGACUUGAGCUCACUGCCUAAUUGUUUAGAAAUAGAGAAAAAUUACAAUGGAAUGAAUGAUGCAUUGUUGCUCAGUUGUGAAAAUGGGAUGGUGCUCAAAUAUGAUCUCGCACGUUUGUUCAAAUGGAGUUUGGUUAAUGAAAAUUGUGAAGAAUGUGAUCAUUGUAAACCCAUUUGGUGUUGCGAAGGAUUUGGUUAUCCUUUUGGAAUAGCAAUUCGAGAGGAGUUUGCCGAAAAUUUACAUGCCUUACAACGACGGAUAUACGUUUGUGAUUAUACCGGAAAGAGAAUAGAUGUUUUAAACGCAGUAACUGGAGAGAGAAUUUUACGUAUUGACGAAAACUUGUUAGGUAGUCCUAUUGAUCGACCAUCAGGUAUUAUUUUCAAUCAUUUACAAGAAAUGAUUGUCACUGACUAUGAAAAUUUCAUUCAUGUCAUUAAGAAAAAUAGUAAGGAUGAAUAUCAAUGUUCUAUUCUUUCUCUACCGUUCACAACAAAAAGUCCUCUUGGGAUUACAUUUGAUCGAAUGUCAAAUCAUGUUCUCGUUGCAGACCAAUUUCAACACUGCAUUUAUGUGAUUAAUGAGAACAAGGAGUUUGUAAAACGAUUUGGAGAUGAUACUCUGUUCAAUGAGCCCUUUAGCUUAUGCAUUGAUGAGACGACUGGUGAAUUGUAUGUGACUGUGUAUGCAAUGUACAAGAUCAUGAUUUAUAGGUGA